UUCUACAAUUUUUACAGUGCCCUGCCUCAGAAGGGUCAGGUAGACCAAGGUCAGUGAGAUUUGGGGAUUGUUCUGAACUUUCAUCCCAGUCAGGGAGGCUGGAUGGUGUUGAAGGCUAUGGAGAAGUCAAAGAGACUCUGGAGCAUGUGCAUUGUCCACUCCUAAGUGUGCCUGGCAGGCAAACUGCAUGAGAUCCAGAUGGUCAUUGAAGAGGGGUUUAAGCUGUUUCAGGACCUGCCUCUCGAAGGACUGUAUGAUGUGUGAAGUGAGUACAACUGGUCUGGAGUCAUUAAGGGAGCUGGAGUGCCCGUUUGUUGGAACAGGGACCACGGAACAUGUCUUACAGUGCUGGGGCAUCAUCUACAGACUCAAGGAGACACAGACAUUUGUAAUAUAUCUUCUAUGUUAUCAUUUCUGCUGCUCAUGUGACCAGGAUGAAUACGAAAUCAAUGGCAUAUGUUGCCGUAAAUGUUCCCCUGGAAGUCGUGUAUCCAGACAUUGUACAAAGUCAAUUACUGGUCACUGCGCUCCGUGUUUGGAUUCUACAUUCAGCGAAAAACCAAAUGCUCUUAAUGAGUGCCACCCCUGUACAUUCUGUGCUGAAGAUCGUGGUCUGAAGACAGUAAGGGAGUGUACGCCAUCUUCAGACACAGUGUGUGGAGUCCUGGAAGGACACUAUUGCAUUGAUCGCUAUGGUGAAGGAUGCAGGGAAGCCAAAGAACACACAACCUGCCAGCCUGGACAGUCCGUCAGGCCUGGAACAGGAUAUAAUGAUACUGUAUGUGAGGCCUGCAGUGAUCAUUCUUAUUCCAAUGGCUCUUUUACAUCCUGCAAACCACAUACAGACUGUGCAUCCAGAGGACUUGUCACCAUUAAAUAUGGGAACCACUCAUCAGAUUCGCAAUGUGGAGAAUGGAGCUGGGUUCCUGUCAUUGCAGCUAUACUUUUAACAAUAAUAAUAAUAAUAGCGGGCAAGCUGCAGGAGAUCCAGAUGGUCAUUGAAGAGGGGUUUAAGCUGUUUCAGGACCUGCCUCUCGAAGGACUGUAUGAUGUGUGA